AUGUUCAAAAUACAGCAAGUGCGAGCUGACUGGUCCACUGCCGAGGCUCCAGCCGAGUGGAGCCAAGCCUCGUGUCCACCCCAGAUUGAAGGCGGCGCUUGGCGGGAGUCCCUUUCCGCUAAACAAGAGCUUUCGCACUGGGGCGAUGUGUGGAUGAUGAACCCCUCGACGAACCAGGCGCCCCCGCGGCGGUAUGGGUUUGCGUGCUUGAUGUGUCGCCGGUGGAAGAUCAAAUGCGACGGAAAGAAGCCGAAUUGCGCGAACUGUGUCAAGGCAAAGGAGAUCUGCAGCUACAGGGAGAGCCCCGGCUACAACACUCACCUGGUGCAGCAGCUGCAGGUAUCUAAGAAGCGCGUGGAUGACCUGGAGGCGCAGCUGCGCGAUCUGGCGAGUCUCGACCAUGAGGAGCGGGACCGCCGACUGUCCGAGAUCGUGCGCGAUUUCGACGAUUUGAACGUCGUGGAAAGGUCGCCCGGCCAGAUGACGGAGCUGUCGCAGUCGUAUGAUACCGACCGAGAUCCUGAGAGCGAGGACCUUCCCUAUGGAUGCCCCGCUGGUUUCAGUGUGGGCGAACAUGGCAAGUACUAUGGGGCAACCUCGCGAUUUCAUCCUCUCGACUCGAGCAAUAGCCGAUUGAUCAAAAUGCCAGGCACGGAGAAGCAAGAGCACAAGGCUUCCGAAGAAUACCACCGCAAGUGGCUGGCUUCCAAUGUCCGAUUCCAAGAAUCAAUUGAGAACGUGGCACUCAAGAAUUUGGAUAAUCAUGCGGAUGUCCCUCUCGAUGUUUGUGACACUCCUCUCCAGAUAUACUGGACAUGGCAGGCGCCCUUGCAUAACUGCGUCUAUCGUCGAUCGCUCGGAGGUCCUUAUUGCUCUCCAUUCCUGGUGAACGUCAUUUUUGCCCAUGCAAUGCGCCACACGAAAGACGAGGACACCAGAUUCAACAAGUUGGAAAAGGGAGAAUAUUUCCUGCGCAAGGCCAAAGAGCUUUUAUUGAUCGAAAUGGAGCAAGAGAAGCCCAAGAUUUGCACCAUACAAGGAUUACUCAUUCUUGCAGGCCGUCAAUGCGCAACAGGGAAAAGCAGCGAGGGCUGGCUGUAUACCGGAAUGGCCUUCCGAAUGCUCACGGACCUUGGUCUGCACUUAUAUAGAGGAAACCUGGAAGGGCUGGAUGGGCUCGAGCCUGACAAUCUGGAAGUGCGGAAACGCCUUUAUCUGUCAGCCUACGCGUGGGAUAAAUCAAUAAGUCUCUGCCUUGGCCGUCCUCCAUCAUUAACGGACCUCCCAUAUUCUCCUGACAGCCUAUUUGACACUUCCGACAAUGAUACCGAAUGGAAGCCAGUCUACUUGCAUGGGGCUGAAAGUGCCUAUCCAGUGACAGAAUCAUUGAACACCUUGAACUUCAUUCAUUUCUGCAAGUUAGCGAAGCAUCUCAAACUGCAGAAUAUCUUUGAGCUGGAGGCAAAGCUUCGCUCCUUCUACCAAGCGUUACCCGAACCACUUCGGAUUCAACAAUCGGCCUCGUCAGCGUGUUGUCCUCCGCCUCAUAUCUUCUGUCUCAAUAUCCUAUACCACACAAUGCUCAUUCUGAUCUUUCGACCUUUUUUUGCAUGGUCACGGAACGAGAAACUUCGAGAGCACGCGCUGGCUAUCCGAGCGCAGCAGGUUUGCACCGAGGCAGCGACAAAAGUAAACGAUUUUUUCCGCCUGUAUGGCAGCACGUUUAACUUCCAAAACCAGACAUACCUUGUCUCUUAUUGCGUGUACACCGCCGCUACGAUCGAUAUUCAGCAGGUGCAGUAUGAGGACUCUGCGUUAGCCGCCGCUGCGUCCAACCGACUGUCGACCACGCUCAAAAUGCUGGAGUCGGAAGCCCGACAGACACCUGGAAUAAAGAGGAGUACCGAUAUUAUCAAGUCACAUCUCACUCCAUGCCCAGAAGAGAGAACGUUGAUACCGAAGACGAUGCCUACAUACACUGGCACUCAGGUCCAAAGUAAGCUUGAGAUCCGGGUGCCACCCGAUGGAGGUCCAGUGCCGAGUUACCAGCGAACACACAACAAGUCAACGCUUCCAACCCGUCCGUCCUAUGGCCAAUUGAAGAGUCCUCUUAGUCAGAGCUAUCACAGUGCGGAAGCUAUACCUCCUCAGUUGCAAACACACUCGGGGAUUAUCGAGGCCAUGGAACCUCGGCGAGAAGGUCAAUUGAGUCCGCAGGAUCAAAUGCACGAUGAGAAUAUUGGGAGCUUGAUGACGCAGGCUAUGGAUGUAGAUACUACGUGGCAUGAUUGGGAAUUUUUCAAUGCAGGAGGAGGAUUCGUGCCAGAUAAUGGGGGAUUGGUGCCAUUUGACCCUGCUUACCAGUUUAACAUGUACUAG